AUGCCGAAGCCGUGCCCGCAAGGACAUUUGUGGAAAGCAGACGUAUCGAAGACUUGGCACCUUGCAUGCUUUGCUUGCAUCAUGCGCCCUCAUUCGCUUGACAGCCUGGCAAAGCUGGUCGUGGUGGCAGGCAGGCAUGACAGCAAUGCACAGAGUCUUGCCCAUCCUGCCGGCGGCGCGCAAAAUUGGCAGCCAGCGCACCUCAGCGUGGGUGCAUAUGCCACCCGUUCACUCCGGGACUCGCCGUCGGGCAAGCUGAGCUUUGCAAGCAAGAUCGUGCCGUCCGGCACGUCGGGCGCGUCGGGCGCGUUCUGCGCGGGCGCAACGGGUGCGGGCGACAGGCGAAGGCCAGCGGUUUCAGAGAGACGGAAGGCUCGAGAUCUCUCGUUGGGCACGGCGCCGUGCCCACGCCCGCAAGUGCCCGAUGGAGAAGCCCUGGUGAGGACCAUGGCCGUGGCGCUGAACUUCUUUGACGUGAUCCAGGCCAUGGGGGCCAUGCCCAGCACCGUCGCCGGCAGGGCGGUGCUUCAGCUCGGAAAUCUUCCGGGCAGCGAUUUUGCUGGGUGCCCCGGGGUGCCUCAGUGCAUGGAGCCUUCGAGCAUCUCUCGCAGUUUCGGCUCAGGGGCGGUGGCGCAUUGCCUGGUGUGGGGCUCGCUGCAGCUGGGCGCGCUGAGCCCCGUGCUGCUGCCGCUGCUCGCAGCUUCCGGUCGACCCACCGCCGCCGCGCUGCUGGCGCUGAUCGCCCUCCUCACCGUGCUGGCGCCCGUGAGGCACUGCCCAGCCUUCGUGCGCUUCUAUCUGCGGAGCGCCGCCUGCGUGGGAGGCGCCACCGUGUGGGUGCCCGAUGACAUCAUGAAGCGCCUCCAGGACAGCGGCUACCUGGUGUGCUUUCAUCCUCACGGCAUUCUGCCACUGGGCUUCAGCUUCAACGGGGCCUUGAGGGUCAAAGCCCAGCACCCGGAGCUGUUCCUGCCGCGGGCCGCCUGCUUCCCCGAGGACUGCAACGGUGUGCAGGCGCCGGUGCUGUGGCGGGUGCCCUUCUUCGCCCCCUUCCUGCGGAUGUGGGACGCGUGUACCCCCGCCACGAAGGGCAACAUGAAAAAGCUGCUGGCGGCCAAGACGGCCUUCGGCAUCAUCCCGGGGGGCAGCGAGGAUGUGGCAAUCCACGAGCACGGCGCGGAGAAUGUCUACAUCAACUCCCGGCUGGGUUUCAUCAAAUAUGCGCUGCAGCACGGCUACUCCCUGGUGCUGGCUUACACCUUCGGAGAGAACGACCAGUUCUAUUCCUGCACUUGCCUGAGGUCCUUAAAUCUGUGGCUCGUGAAGCGUUUUGGCUUCGUGCUGCCGGUGUUCUGGGGCAAGUGGUUCUUCCCUCUGCUGCCGAGGGGCGGCGGUCUCCACACGGUCUACGGCAAGAUGAUCCAGCUGCCAACGAUCCCCGAGCCGACGAUGGAGGACUUGGUGACGUGGCACGCUGCCUACGUGGAUGCCCUGAAAUCCAUGUUCGACCAGUACAAGCAUCAGUUCGGCUGCGGCGAUCGGGCCGGCAUCGUUCUGGACAGCAGCAUACCGACGAUGCAGGGCGGGGAUGAGGUCUUCGGGGUUGCGGAAGGGAGUUUGAGGUCCUUCAUUGAUGGCAAGUCCUGGCUGGCAGCGCUGAUUCCAAAACCCACGGAUUUUAUCCAAGCUGCGUCCCUGCCCACGGUCUCUUUGACGGUGGCCAGCGCCGUGAGCUUCGGACGGGUGGUGCCGGGUGAGCUGGUGCUGCUGCACGCGGGCGCCGGCGGCACGGGCUGUGCCGGGCUGGCCGCGCUGCGCCGGGCCGGGGCGCGGGUGGCGGCCACCGCCGGCUCCGCAAAGAAGCAGUGCUUCCUGCGGAUUUCUGGAGUCUCCAACGUGUCCAGCUCGCGAUCCGGGCACGCGUGCCUUGGCCGUCUAGGUGUUCUUUCUGGACUUCGAUCUGCACUGUGCCAGUUUGGUGGUCAACAGCUGACCCACGACGAUUUCAUCCCCAGAGGACUGUCGGUGCUGGCGCCGGGGGGCCGCGCCGUGGAGCUCGGGAAGCUCAGGGUGUGGUCGGCCCAAGCGGUGCGGCGCUUCCGCAGCGACCUGCUCUACGCCACCAUGCCACAUCGACGCAAGUGA